AAUUUAUAAUGUAUUAUAAUUUUAAUGGGAUCAAAAGAAGUGAAACUUUACGGAGGAGCAAUAACAUGCCAAAUUCCCUUAUUAUUUGAAGAUUUAAGUCAGUUUCUUCCCGUUCCCGACAAUCAAGAAGUCUUUGUGUAUCAUUUUAAUUCAAGUACUAAUUCCUCUUCAAACGUAACUACCCAUGAUUUUGUUCUAUCUUUCGAGAUUCUUGAAUAUUUACACAACCAUGACGACGUAACCGCUGGAAGGAAACUUUUUGAGGACCUUGCCUCCACUAACGAGUCUAGAAAUACAGAAAUAGAGUAUGCAAACCCAACCCAGGCUGUAAACUUAGGACUACCUGAGACUUUUGCUACAGUUUCCCUUACAGGGACAAUGGAAGUUACACGUUCAAGAACCAGAACUGAGAAUUUUCAUAAAAUAACAGUUCUCAUGUACGAUGUUAGAAUGCCAAGAUAUAAAUGUGAAUUUAUGGUCACAUACACUUACCCCGUUGAUUCUGGAGUUCCAAUUUCUGAAAAUAAAAAGAUCUUUGAAGACAUUUUAAGAACCAUCAGGGUUGUUAAUACUAAUCUAUUCUCAACUUAA